AGCGGUGCACUUUUUCAAUUUUCAGCUUAGAAAGAGCUCUCACGGAAAAAGCGCGGGCGUUUUGCCCUUUCGUGUUCCCUUACAUCUUCCAAAUACCCAUCCGCGCACGGAAAGCUUCGAUCUUCAAUCCCCAGCGCAGUCCAUUUCCCCUGAUAAUCUUACGAUUUUGAUUUUCCGUCAUCCUUCUUCGCCGGCGACGCAGAAAACAAGUACCGUAAAGAGUUCUUUCACCUAGGGUUUUCAUUUCAGAGAAUGAAAUUCGGGGAAGCAUUCCGAGAAUACCUGCACGGAGACCAGGAGAAAUUCCUGGACAAGUGCUCCCACGUCGAGUACAAGCGCCUGAAGAAGGUGCUAAAGCGAUGCCGCCGCUCUUCGCUUGGCUCGCAGGAGGUUUGCCGAGACAGCCUAGAAGAACAAGAGGAGGAUCGUGAUCAAGAGAACCGGCCCGAUUUCAAUCAAUUCUGCCAAUGCCAGUCUUGCCCUGUGUGCGAUCAAAUGUUCUUUUCCGAAUUGAUGAAAGAAGUAUCGGAUAUAGCUGGAUGCUUCAACACUAAAGCUAGGCGGCUCCUCCACCUUCACGUGGCCAAGGGGAUGCAAGGGUAUGUACUGUGGUUUCGUCAGUGCUUUCGAGACGAUAAGUUAGCUAUGGCGGAGGAAGGAAGGAUGCUGAUGGAAUAUGUUACCAUGAAUGCUAUCGCCAUACGCAAAAUCUUGAAGAAAUAUGACAAGGUGCAUAGCUCUGUGAAUGGGAAUGUUUUCAAAUCUAAGAUGCGAGCCGAACACAUUGAGCUUCUGCAAUCGCCUUGGUUGAUUGAGCUGGGAGCGUUGUUUCUGAACAUCAAUGGGGUAGAUGGAGGACGGUUCAGUGAGUUCUGUGGGAAUUUUUCGUGUGAUCUCGAUGCUUCAGAACCUGUUAUGAGGCUUACCUUGCCAAAUUCUGUCACCAUAGACUACAGUUUGACAUGUGCCAUUUGCUUGGACACUGUUUUUAACCCAUAUGCUUUGAGCUGCGGCCACCUUUUCUGCAAGUCAUGUGCUUGCUCAGCUGCUUUUGUACCGAUAUUCCUUGGGCUAAAAGAAGCUACUCCAGAUUCAAAGUGCUCAAUCUGCAGAGAGAGAUAGCUAUGGCAUUGAAUUGUGCUCAUAGUGCCCGAUAGACUUGCUUCUGGAAAGUAUAGCUGGUAGCAGAAGGAUCUUUCUGUGUGGUGAUAGCAAUGGGGAUAUGCUUUUGCCUUUUGGCUGGCGUAUAUCAGAAUGCGGUGCACAUGAUGGAACUGGACUUACUGCUGAAACAAAGGUGCAAAGAGAACUGGAAAGAAAGGAUGGUAGCAGAACGUGCGCUGAUAGUCAAGCAAACGAAAGAGUACUGGGAUAUGCAAACCAAAUACGCAAUCGGUUACUGAAUCUGGGAUAGCUGAUAGCCAGAUAAUUACAAGUGAUUCUUCAUUCUAGUGAAUCUAGAUUACUUUUAGGGUGGAGUUGAUGUAGACACGAUGACAGCCAGAUCUCCUUCCUAUAAUGUCAGCAGGUGCAGUUGAACUUAUUAUUGCUGCCCAUAAUGUGGAGUGAUUGCCAGUGAUUAAGGGGUCAUAUAUGAUUGUGAUGAAGGUGUUUUGCUCAAUGUUCAGAAGCCAUUUGAGAAUUUGGUGUUGAUUUUUAUGCAACAAGAGAUUGGUUUUUGAAU